UACAUGUUGCCAUUGGAGCUCUUGGGAUUCCCUCCUUAUCUUCUCAUCAGUUUAGUUUAUUAGCCCCCUUCUCUCUCUCUCUCUCUCUCACAUUUAGCAGUUGUAUGUAUGAUUCUCCAGUUCCAUUAAUGCGAUCUCUCUGAUCCACAUUUGUAUCCAUAAACCCCCACCUCUCUCUCUCUCUCUUUCAUUUAUCAAUCUCAACUUGGUUUUAUUUCAUUCUCUCCCCAUCUUUUGGUUUGUAAUCGAAUCCAUUAUCCUCCACUUCCAUCCAUACCCUCUCUCUAUGGAAGCUCCUCCAAAACAUCACUUCCUUCUCUUCCCUUGGCUUGCCUUGGGCCACAUAAUCCCCUUCUUCCGACUCGCUAAACGUCUCGCAGAUGCCGGAAUCUCAGUCACAUAUCUCUCUCCUCCAUCUGUCUUCCCCCGCCUCCCUCCUCUCCAACUCCCCCACCACCAAUCUCUCAUCACUUUCCACCCUCUCUCUCUGCCUUCGAUCCCUGAACUCCCUGAAGCCGCCACCACUUACGACCUCCUUCCCCACCUCCAAACCCCUUUCAAAGCCGCCUUCGAUGCCCUCCAACCCCUCUUCCACACCCUCCUUCCCAAGCUCUCUCCAAACUUAAUUAUCCAUGAUUUCACCUCCUACUGGCUCCCUCAAAUCGCCACCACGUUUGGCAUCCCCACAGUCUUUUUUAGCAUCUUCAAUGCUGCCUCAAUGGCCUACCUCAUGGUCCCCUAUCGUUUUACCGGAAAAGCCUUUCCUCCGACCGCUGCCGACCUCACUUCAUCUCCGCUGGAUUUUCCCCUCUCUGCUAUUUACUUCCACCCUUUCGAGGCCAAACAACAGGUAGGGGCUCAUACAUUUCCUGAGCCUGACAUCCCCUGCGCUGAACGCCUCUUUAGAAGCAUUUCUAACUCCCAUAUGGUCAUCAUCCGCUCAUGUUAUGAGCUUGAGAAGAAGUAUAUUGACUAUAUACAAGAAAAUUAUCAAAGUUAUUUCAAGGAAUGCAGGGGUGGUGGGGAUGGUGAUAAGAAGUUUUUGCCCAUUGGGUUCCUUCCCCCUAGGCUAGGAGGCGAGGCCCAAUGGAGCAAUGACAGUGGAAGCUGCCAGAAAUGUAUGGAUUGGUUGGACAAACAACCAAUCAGGUCUGUUACUUAUGUGGCCUUCGGAACUGAAUGCCGACUAAAUCAAGCUCAAACGAAUGCAGUCGCAAUUGGGCUCGAGGAGUCCGGUUUCCGCUUCCUUUGGGUUAGGAGAGUCCCGAUCGACGGGUUGCCUGAAAAGUUGCCAGAUGAUUUUCUAGAACGGGUUCAAGGGAGGGGGCUCAUAGUCGAGGAAUGGGUGCCUCAACCCAACAUCUUAUCUCACCCUUCCAUUGGGGUCUUCUUCUCGCACAGUGGGACUAGCUCAGUGAUUGAGGGAUUGACUGCAGGCAAGCGCCUCGUGCUCUUGCCUAUGAUCAUCGACCAAGGCCUCAUUGCGAGGCUCGUGGCUGAUGAGUGGAGGGCAGCCUUAGAGAUUGAGAGGGCCAAUCUGGAGGAUGGGAGCUUCACUGCAGAGUCCGUGUGCCGGGCUGUACAAAGAGCGGUCUCAGAGGAAGACGAUGCCAAGACUUGGUCCAAUGCCAAGGAUCUACAGGCUCGGGUUUUCGGCAACACAGAGUUGGAGAAGCAUUACUUGAGCAAAUUCAUCGAUUGCGCCACCAAACUAGAUUACAGUAAGUCCUAGAUAUUGUGGUUUUUCAGGCCUUUUAUCAGGGUAUCCAUGAACAAGAGUGACAAGCUCAAGGGACAAUGGCAAAUUGAUCCUUGUGGUGGGUUAUUUCAAGAAUGGACCCUCUACAGCCUUGUUAUUUAAAUGCUUGACUCUGUAAAAAAUGAAAUAAUGAAGAAAUCAAGUCACAUUUAAAAGAUAGAA